AUGCGGCGCGCGCGGCGAGGGCUGUUCGCGGGCAAGGAGGUCAAAUUCGGCAACAAAGUCAGCGAGGACGGCGGGAAUAAAACGCGGCGCAUGUGGAAGCCCAACGUGCAGUACAAGCGCCUCUACAGCUUUGCCCUUGACAAAUUCAUUCAGUUCCGUGUUACCACGUACGCCCUCCGCUGCAUAGACAAGGUGGGCGGCAUUGACGAGUAUCUUCUGCACACGCCGGAAAAGAAACUGAACUCGGAUGUGGGGUUGGUAUGGAAAGGAAGGAUCCAGGAAGCUCUCUGUGCUCAGUCUGCAACAGCCGGUCAGGGGUCUGUUGGAGCAGUGCCGGCUACUGGUGGUACUUAG